AUGUCAGACAUGAAGGCAACCGUGGCCGAGACGGCCCAAGGCUUCCAUGUGGAGGGCUACGAGAAGAUCGAAUACGACUUUACCUUCAUUGACUCAGUCUUCGAUGUCAACAAGGCCAACCUCGCAGACUGCUACAAGCGAUGGGGAAGAUGUCUUGCCGUCAUGGACAUGAAUAUCUUCAACGUCUACGGCGAGCAGAUCCAGAACUACUUUGAUCACCACAACAUUUCCCUGGAUGUCCACAAGACCAUGAUCGGCGAGAAGGCCAAGAGCAUUGACACCUUCCUGAGCAUUGUAGACUCCAUGACCAAAUUUGGAAUCUACAGAAAGGAGCCUGUUCUAGUCAUUGGCGGUGGACUUGUUACUGAUGUUGCUGGUUUUGCUUGUGCGGCUUACCGACGAAACACCAACUUCAUCCGUAUCCCAACCACCGUCAUCGGCCUGAUUGAUGCAUCUGUCUCGAUCAAGGUGGCUGUCAACUAUGGCAACUACAAGAACCGCCUGGGCGCAUACCACGCUCCAAUCCACACAUUCCUCGACUUCACUUUCCUCCGAACUCUCCCAACCGCACAGAUCAGGAACGGUUUCGCGGAGUUGAUCAAGAUAUCUUCAUGCGCUCACCUUCCCACAUUUGACCUUCUGGACAAGUACGCUGAGGAGAUCGUCCGCACUGGCUUCGGCCGCACAGAUGAUGCAUCCGCUGAGGUCACCAAGGCCGCAGACACGAUCAACAGAGCCGGCAUCCAUGAGAUGUUGAAGCUCGAGACACCAAACCUCCACGAGAUCGGCCUGGAUCGUGUUAUUGCAUAUGGCCACACCUGGUCCCCACUUCACGAGUUGGUACCAGAGGUGCCACUCCGUCACGGCCACGCCAUCUCCAUUGAUAUGGCAUACUCUGCAACACUUGCCAACAUCCGCGGCAAGCUGCCAGACGAGGACCACAAGCGCCUGCUCAACCUCUUCUCCCGGGUUGGUCUUUCCAUGGACCACAAGGACUUCAACGAGGAGAUUCUCGACAAGGCUACCCAAGCAAUCCUGAAGACCCGCGAUGGUAAGCUCCGAGCUGCUAUCCCAAGCCCGCUUGGCAAGUGCGUGUUCUUGAACGAUGUUACACAAGAGGAAAUGAACGAGGCGCUUCGCAAGCACAAGGAUAUCAUGAAGAGCUAUCCCCGCAAUGGCGAGGGUCUUGAGGCUUUCGUGGACAGUAGUGAUACUGGAUACACUCUUAACGGCGCCGAAGUGGAGUCGAAUGGUGUGAGCAAUGGUCUCAAGAGACUGAAUGUGCUCAACGACGAUACACAGGCCAACGGCAACGGGCACGCAAACGGACACGCCAAUGAUAAUGGAGUGCAGACGAACGGAACCAAGGCAGCGACGAAGCAUGCCUCAGGGCCAGAGGGUGUUGACGGGACACAGUCGAAGGGACAGACCAACGGCAUGAACGGCCACAUCGUCAAUGGUCAGAGCAACGGCGUGUACUAA